GGCAUAAUCACCGCCUGUGUCAACUUGUAGACAUUAAAUUUACUUUGAAUUAUAACUUGCGGUCCAUACAAUUAAUUGUAAUCCGUGAUGUUUUCCUGCUGUCAUGGCGACCUGUCGGAGGAGGAGGACGAUGCUAUGUUUUUUUCCGAUGAUGAAAACAAAGCCACUUCCAUUAUUGAUCCAGGCAAUGUGCUCAUACCCGAGGUAGUUACGCAUCUUUGCAAAUUCCUCGGGGUGAAGGACGUAAAGCAGUGUCGACUGGUCUGCGAAUCGUGGAAUUACGGUGCUAUUCCCGUUCUCCAAGAGAGGACAUAUACCACUCUUCGAUUAUAUAGUAAAAAUUAUAGCGACGACCACCCAGAAAGAUGGACAGGUCUGGUGGAAAGGCUGCAAUUUCAUCCUAACGAUAUCCGCUUGUACUCUGCAAAUCUAAACGCAUCGACCCUGCCACCCACGGAUAUCAACAUCUUUCCAACUGUAACAAAUGUGAAAUCGAUUUUUGUCGAGUUUUUUUCAGACCCAGGGUGGGAGCAGGAACUCUGUUAUCAAAUAUUAUUGUCUUCGGCUCCUACUCUGGAAAAUUUACAGUUUGUGCUGGGUGACCCUACUCAGGAUUUCUCUCCACUUUGUGACACGGUCUUUCCGAGAUUGAAGCAAGCUGUGAUUGAGUAUUGUCAAGAACCAAGGUACACAUGCAAUGUGACGAUUGGCCGGCUUAUUAUGGAAGACUUCACAAAUUUGGAAUGUCUACAAGUUGAGGGCCGCCUACUGCUUGGAAUAUCAAAGGCGGGAGAAUUGUCGAUGUUGCCGACAUCACUAAGGUCCUUAAUCGUGGCGGAAGAAGUGAACGCAAACGUAAUGAAGUGUCUACUGGAUAUUUCUGUUCCUUUAAGGAAGCUUACACUUCAAUUUAUUUACUUGAAAAAUGAUGCCAAUCGAGUGUACCAGCUGCCUCUGCUUUUGUACAAAUUGUUAAAAAAACAUUCCUCAACUUUGGAGGAAUUAAAGUUCUACAUGAAGUGGGCCAAGGACAAUGUAGAACUGGAAUGGAAACUCCCUGUUUUCCCAGUUAUGAAGGAUUUGACAAUUGGCAACAAUUUUUGGUUUAGAAAAGUAGAGUUUGAAACUGGCUUAAUAUGGGGGCCCCUGGAGUCGGAAAAGUUUGGUAGAAUUGACUACAAAGUGUGUUUCCCGCGAUUGGAAAGUUUAACUGUUACCACGGGGACGGAGGAUUUUUCAAGCUUGGCGGUAUUUCUUCCGCCGGAAGAUAGCGAACUCCGGGUGGCCGAGUCAGUAAGGAAGGUUAGCCUGUCGAGCCUAAGCCAUCCAAACCAUUACACUGUAGCUCGUGCUAACCUGUAUGCAGAACUGUUGGAAAUUUUCCCUAAUGCGCGGGAUUCCAUAACAUUUACAUAAACCAAGACAAUCCGCCCAGAGUUAUGG